GCGAGGCCUCGUUCAUUCACUCGCAGGAGACGACGAAGAGGAGUUACAGCUUCCGGGCAGAAUGAUUCUUCCGGAUCCGGUCCUCCUUUCUUCCGGUGAAGAACCCGGAAGUAAGCUCUUUUGGGGCCUGUAUUGAGACUCUAUUCUCUCAAGAUGGGGAAGACGGACUUCUUGAGCCCGAAGGCCAUCGCCAACCGCAUCAAGUCGAAGGGCCUCCAGAAGCUUCGCUGGUACUGCCAGAUGUGCCAGAAACAGUGCCGCGACGAGAAUGGCUUUAAAUGCCACUGCAUGUCAGAAUCUCACCAGCGACAGCUGCUGCUUGCUUCUGAAAAUCCCCAGCAAUUUAUGGAUUAUUUUUCACAGGAAUUCCGAAAUGACUUCUUAGAGCUUCUCAGAAGACGAUUUGGGACAAAGAGAGUUCACAAUAAUAUUGUAUACAAUGAAUACAUUAGUCAUCGAGAACAUAUCCACAUGAAUGCCACCCAGUGGGAAACACUGACAGAUUUUACCAAGUGGCUUGGAAGAGAAGGCUUCUGUAAAGUGGAUGAAACGCCUAAAGGCUGGUACAUCCAGUACAUCGACAGAGACCCUGAAACAAUCCGUAGGCAGCAGGAGCAAGAAAAAAAGAAAAAACAGGACCUUGACGAUGAAGAGAAAACAGCCCGGUUCAUUGAAGAACAAGUGAAGAGGGGCUUGGAGGGGAAAGAACAGCAGGAGGAACCUGUCUUCACAGAAUUAAGCCGAGAAAGCGAGGAAGAAAAAGUUGUAUUUAAUUUGAACAAAGGAGCAAGUACAUCAACAGCUGCACAUCCAAAAGCCAAUGUGCUAGGAUCCAGUGCUCUGAAGGCAGCAGGAACAGUACCCACGGUGAAGCGUAAAGAACCUCCUUCUAACCCGGGGCAGACUAAGAAGAAAAAAUCGGCCCUCGAUGAAAUCAUGCAGUUUGAAGAAGAGAAGAAAAAAUCAACCAGAACAGACUAUUGGCUGCAGCCAGACAUUGUGGUCAAAAUCAUCACAAAGAAACUUGGUGAGAAAUACCACAAAAAGAAGGCAGUUAUAAAGGAAGUAAUUGACAAAUAUACUGCAGUUGUCAAAACGAUUGAUUCUGGAGACAGGCUGAAACUUGAUCAGACUCAUCUAGAGACUGUGAUUCCAGCACCUGGCAAAAGGGUGCGUGUUUUGAAUGGUGGCUACAGAGGACAAGAAGCAACUUUGCAGGGCAUUAAUGAGAAAAUGUUUUCAGCAACCAUAAUAAUUGAAUCGGGGCCAUUGAAAGGACGUCAAGUUGAGGGCAUCCCAUAUGAAGACAUUUCGAAGUUGGCUUGAAUUCAGCUGAAGAACAGAUGGAUUCUGAGAUAUAUGCCCUGGGAACCCUCAGGUUAAGAACAGCACUGCACUAGACUCCACUAUGUCGGAGUUCUGAGCUUGAUUCACGUUGAAAAUUGAGCAGGAUUUUUAGUACCCUCUCACUAGACAUAGUAGGUCUCUUUCACAUUAUACAGUUAUAGCCCUUUGAUGCCACUUUUAACUGUCAUUGUUUCAGCCUAUGGAAUCCAAACAUUUUAUUUUUAUGAGGAAUUUAGGAUUGUCUGCCAGGGAUUUUUAUGGCCUCACAAGACAACACAUUCCAGAACUCAUGGCAAUUAAAGUGCUGUAAUUAUAUAGUGUGAAAUAGACCCAAGUAUUUUCUAACACUCUCUCCGAUAUCUCUCCUUAUAAUAUCACUCUGUCCAGGUCUUUUUACACUUUGUAGCUGAUACUUCUUGCAAAAUGUUAAGGUAGAUAAGCUGCAAGAACUGGGUUCAUCUACUUGUAGGAUUAAAGAUAGUUUUUGUCAUUGGCUAACACCUUUGGUAUCAGCAUUGUUGUAGUACCUUCUUAUUUUGAACCACAUCUCCCGUGGGGCCAUGCUGUGAUGAGGGUUGUAUCCAACACAUCUUGGAAAGGACUGCUAUAUAUGCUGAUAAAUUGAUCUCCCUACUCCAGUGGUCACAGCUGCAUUUGCGGUUCACAAUCACAUUCUCUUAAAUCUUUGCAUUCCUGUUCAAACCAUGAGUCUUGUCUUCUUUCUGUUUCCUGGCAGGAAUCACCACAUCUCCUGCAGGAAACACAAUUAAGAUUUCCUCCCAUUGAUACCACACUGACACACUGGAGAGUCAUGGGAAUGUUUGUUACUUCAGUGGAAAUGGCAGAUGUUCAGUGGUACCAGUAAAGGCCUACCAGCACCUCUUGAGGAACCUGCCUCUGGCAUCAUGUUUGUUGAGGGAGGGGGGUGCUCAGGGAAAAACAGGUUUAUUUGCUCAGGAAGAGGAGCCAUGUUUGAGUAAUGACUCCUGAGUUUUCCUCCUUUGAUCUUUUUUAGAGGUGUGUGACUUAUUUUACCAUGGAUUGGAAAAGUUAUGGUAUAACUUCUAGUAUUCUUUAUCCAACAUAGCCACUGGAUUCUUUGUCUUGCAAGGUUGUUGUUGUUUUUUUCUUUAAAAAAUGCAACAUUAUCAAGCUCUGUGUUUUCUUAUCAUGAUCCUGACAUGAAUAAUGAACAAACAGAACUUUCUGGGAAAGUUGUGUGUUGGUUCUUGCUGUUUCAAGGUCUGCCCAGAAGGAGCCAAGGAGAAAGCAUGGCCUUCAUGCACACAGCCAUAUGCAUGCUGUGCACACAGUUUAUCACCCCAGGCUUUUUUACUUCUUUCCAGAGCAUCUCCCAGUGGUAUAACAGAGGCUUCCAAGGGAGUGAAUGGGACGUAGCCAUUUUGGUGUAACUGUGCCAAACUUUGAUUGUCCUAAAGUAUGUGAGUCAGUGUGCAUUCAGACAACAGGUUUUCUGCAGCUGUUAUCCUAUUCUGUUACUCUUGCCAUGAGCACCAAAUUAAUCUUCUGUAGAUUUGUAAAAAAAAAUAUGUAAAAUGCCUUUGUACAGUGACUUUUUAUUUGCCACUCAGUAAUGAACAAAUAAAUAUUUUCUUGGUGUAGUAUUUUCUUUAA